UUUCUCCGCGAGCUCACAAAGCGCUGCGCGAGCAGCGGCGCUGCCUCUCGCGCGAGUGUAAGAUGUGCAGCGCGAGCGCAGAAAUAACCCUCGAGCAGCAGAGCUGCUUUUCCCGCGAGCGAGAGCAGACCCUCUUGAGCCUCAAGGGAUUUAAAUCUGCGCGCGAUGGUUAACAUAGGCGCGUGUGAAAUCAUAUAGAUCGCUCGUGAGUCGUUUUUUUUGUGCGCCGUAUUAAUGACCAAAUUCUAACUCCAUAAAUGUCCGUUAUUGAUAUCCUAUCACCGAUGAGUAGGGGAUCAGAGCCAUACAUUAUCCUGUGAUCUAGUGCACACGCGCCUUUGAUCGGGUACAUUACACUCCUGUGAUCUGGUACAUAUACAAAAAACCCCUGAGAUCACAGCGACCUGACUGCUUGUUCGGCAGACCUGUAUUCACCAGCUCCGCGCACUCUCUUCAUCAGCUCUUUCUGUGUCACGGAGGGAGCUCUACCGAUGGUACAUUUGUUCUGGACCACAAGAAACGGACAGAUGACCUCAGGAGUUUUCCCAUUGUGCCGCAAGAAAGAGGUGGGGUCACACUGAAGGGAGGUACCACAUCCCCCCAGCACUAGUAGAGCGACAGCUGCGCUGCAGUCAGUGCUAGUUUCUGCUUCUCUACAGGACAACAGAAACUUGGUCCCUCCUGCAUUAACAAGAACACUGUCAUAUGAACAGCAUGGCAGCAUCUGUCACCUGUCUGCUCUCCGAGCAGCACUUCCGGUGCCCCAUCUGCCUGGACGUGUUAACCGCUCCGGUCACCUUACAGUGUGGACACAACUUCUGCAAAAAGUGCAUCGUGGAAAACUGGAGAAUCAACAGAAUACGCCAGUGUGCCCUGUGCAAACGGCUUUUUGACACCAAAAUUGAGCUGCAUGUCAAUACGGUCAUAGCCGAGAUGGUCGCCCAGCUGGGGCAGUCGGCUGCGGAGAAAGCCUCGGACGUCACCCGAGCGGGAGAGGUCCCCUGUGACGUCUGCCCCGGCACCAAGCUGAAGGCUCUCAAGUCCUGCCUGGUGUGCCUGGCCUCGUACUGUGAGACCCACCUGGAGCGACAUCGGACGGUGUCGGGCCUGACGAGGCACAAGCUCGUCGACCCGUUGGACAACCUCGAGGGCCGAAUGUGCACACAGCACGAUGAGCUCAUGGAGCUGUUCUGCAAGACUGACCAGAUGUGUGUGUGUCGGCUCUGUAACGUGCUGGACCACGAGUCGCACAACGUCGUGCCCCUCAGAGACGAAUAUGAGGGAAAGAAGACUGAGCUGGGGAGGGCCGAGGCCAAAUUCCAGCGCAUGAUCCAGGAGAGGCAUCUGAAGGCACAGGAGCUCCGGGGGUUGGCAAAGCUCUGCAGGGAAGCUGCGGACAAAGAUAUAGCAGAAGGCGUGUGUGUCUUCACUCUCCUGACACAGCUUGUUGAGACAGGCCUGGCCGAACUCAUCGACCAGAUCAAAAGAAAAAAGGAGAUUACAGCAAAUCAUACUGAGGGACUCAUCGAAGAGCUGGACCGGGAGAUCUCUGAGCUGGUGAGGAGAAAUGGUGAGGUCAAGCAGCUCUCACGCUCUGACGAUCACCUCAGCAUCGUCCAGAACUUCUCUUCCGUGACCGCCUCUCCAGCCAUGACGGACUGGGAGAAAGUCAGCCUCCACAGGCCGUCGUCCGACGGGACCGUGGCCAGGGCCGUGGGCCGCCUCUGGGAGACGCUCAGCAAAGAGACGAGGACGCUGCUGGAGGCCGAACUGAAGAGAGUGCAGCAGUACGCUGUGGAUGUGACCCUCGAUCCCAACACCGCGCACCCCAAACUCAUCCUGUCGGACGACGGGAAGCAAGUGAACCACAGCGAAGAGGCGAAAACUCUCCCGGACAAUCCGGAGAGAUUUUCGUACUGUGUCAUUGUCCUGGGGAGGCAGAGCAUCUCCUCGGGCCGGUUCUACUUUGAGGUGGAGGUUGAGGGGAAGACCAAGUGGGACCUUGGAGUGGUCAGUGUGUCGGCGAACAGGAAAGGACAGGUCAAGUCCAGCCCAGAGGACGGCUACUGGACCCUGCAGCUGAGGAAUGGAAACGAGUACGUCGCUCUCGCAGACCCCGACGUCUUGCUCUCGUGUAGAUCGUGUCCCCAGAAGGUCGGCGUGUUUGCGGAUUACGAGGAGGGUGUGGUCUCUUUUUAUGACGUCAACGCUGCAGACGUUAUCUACUCCUUCACUGGCUGCACUUUCGCCGACAAACUCCACCCGUUCUUCAGUCCCUGCUUCAAUGACGGCGGCGACAACUCUGCUCCUCUCAGGAUCUCUGCUGUUCAGAAAAGUGAUUAAAUCAAGUAAUUGAUUCAAUCACCCCCUGAUCCAACCACCAUCUUCUAAACAUGAGUUGAUUUUAAAAAUAAUUGAUUGAUUUCAGGUAAAACUAUGAAUGGAUAUGGUUGACGAAAGUUUUUCAUGCUUCAACAUCAGUGUUUCAGUCACAGAGGUUUGUGUUUAUCUGUUACUUUUUACUUCCCACAGACUCUCAAUCAAUUUAUGGUUUUGUUCAGGAAUCAGCUGGCUUGAUAUGUGGAUAUGUGUUUUUCAAUCAGUUCAUAAUUUAUGUACCUCGCCAUGUGCUACUGCAGAAGUUAUUACAAUAAGGAAUUGAUGCGCAGUACAUAACUUCACACAAUUCUGUAAAAUUGUUAACUUAAUUUAAUAUUUAGCCAUUAUAUAACAUAUUUAAUUCAAAUAUGUGUAUUGUUGUGUAGUGUUUUUCUUUGUAUACCAGGGCUGAUGGCCCAGGGUAGACAUACUGCAUGUUAUCUUACAGUACUGUACUGUAAGUAGGACAAACCGGAAUUGUAUUUUGCUUUAAUGUGAUGUUGUUUGUCUUUUCUUUUGGGAGGUUUUUGAUAGUUUUAUCACUCUAAAAUAUCUCUGCGUUGUUUUAUUUAUAUUUGAUUGGUGUUUAUUCCCCAUGUUUCUGCCAUUUCCACGUUUUUUUUAUGGAUGAAUAAAUUGAACCUUGGCCCUUGUAUAUCCAGAAGAUGGGGCUCAUCUGCCACUGAAACAUUCUGCUGACUGACCAAAAGUAAAUGUCCAAAAGAUA